AUGACUAUUGCUGCAUAUGCGUAUGAAACAAAUGAAGCAAGAAGAGCACUUGAACUAGUAAACGAAAACUCAACUUUAACCAUUGAAGGCAAUGAUUUAGUCAUUGACGAUGGAAAAACUAAAAAAGUCAUUGAUUUCGAUACUUUUAACACUUAUGACCCAUUCAUUACAAUAAGUAAAGUUCCCAUCAUAAAUGAUGGAACGGUGCAAUAUAUAAAUUCUACAGUAGAUGCCUCAUUAGUGAAAGUACUGAAUGUUCUCAUUGAAUUGUUAAAGAGCUUUCGAUUUGACGACAACAUUAAAUGCCUAAAGAAUUUAGUCAUGAAUGAGAAACAAAUUCUCGGCGUUGCUGGUAGCAGUAAUGAUGUACACCUUAUGACAUUAGAAUAUUAUAACGAACAUAAAGAUGAACUGAAAGGAGAGAAGGGUGACACCGGACCUCAAGGACCACAAGGAAUACAAGGAAUACAAGGACCUCAAGGCGAAAACGGUUUGGAUGGUGAAGAUGGAAAGGAUGGAAAAACUGCUAAAUCAUGGAUAUGGAACCUUAUAAAUACUGGUUUAACAGCUGCUUCAUAUGGAGUUCUUCAAUACCAAAUCGGAAAGAUAUGGGCAGUACUUGGUGAAGAAGUUUUAGAUGACGUUAAAAAUGCUUUGAACUUCAUUUCAAAUGGUUCGGAUACUAUUAAAACUUUAUCUGGUUGGAUGCAAGAAACAAGGAGUCAAAUAGAUACUGUAAGACGUAUAGCAAACAAUGCACGUACGGGAUUGGAUACUUUACGAGAAGCACAAAAUACACUAAAGGAAGCAAAUGAUAUUCUUGGCUCAGUAUCAGACAUGCAUGAAGAUUGGCUUAAAGGUAUUGACAAAUCUUUAAAAAAUCACAGUCAGUCUAUUGCUGACUACAAGAAAAGUAUAGAUUUUUUACAUAGUGCUAUGGACGUACAUGAUGGAAGCAUAAGGAACUUACUUAAUGCUAACAAUAACUUACCAGGAACUAUUAAAGCAUUUAUAAAGUCCUUUGUAAAACCUGGUGCUCUAACAUUUAGGUCUUUGAGAGCAAGAACAUUGAAGUCAAGAGAUGCAGAAACUCCAGAAGAACCACCAAAACCAACAGCUAAUGAAAUAUUGUUCGAAUAUUUUCCAAGGUACUCUGUUCUCAUUGCAUACAUUCAAGAAAUACUUAAGAACGCAGACUUGACUUUAGGAGAUGAUGAAAGUUCUGUAUAUCUUUCGUUCCAGUUUCAAAUAGCAGAACUUUUGAGACAGAUAUGCUUAAUGUAUGACAACAUCUCUGAUUUCGCAAGAUAUGAUGACGACCAUGACCCCGAACACGGUGAAGAAGAAGUUUUACAAACAUCCAUUAAGACAGGAAAGGUUUUAACUCAAAGUCUCAUUAUUGACACCAAAGAUGGCGAAGUGGACGUUCUUCAAGAGCUGAAGAAAAAUACUUCUUCGGGAGGUGGUGGUAGGCAUGAACUUGAAAUAAAUGAGAUAGAAGAGAAAUUAGCCGAAAAGGCAGAUAAAAACCAUGUUCAUUAUAUAAGUUCAGACGAACAGAUUAUAACGGACUACCAUGGAUAUUUAACACAGGAUGAACAAAUAAGCACUGAAGAUGUUAAUGAAAGAAGAUAUAAAUUCAUUCGUGCUAAAGGUUAUGACAUACGCUGUACUGUACAGUAUGACACAGGUAAAGCACCAGAAGCAUUUGGUUAUAACGAUGAAAUUUAUGCUUCAUACUUCUUUGUUAACGGUGUAUUAGUUGAACCAAGAUUUACUUUGAGAGUUAAGGCAAAAAUAACUUUUGAAGAUGCUAUUAAAAGUAAAGCUGACAAAGAUGAACUUGACGCAACGAACAAAGUUUUGAAAUCUCAUAAACACAAUAUCUCCGAUAUAAAUGAACUUCAAGCUACAUUAAAUAGUAAAGCUGACAAGAACCAUACACAUAAAUCCUUCACUACUGUUAGAGCAGACGACAUAAUACUGAACUAUGAUUUGGGUUCAAGUGCACCUUUAGAGAAUCCGAGUACAAGCGUAAAAGAUACUCUUAACAAUUUAGAUAACAGAUGUAUGAACAUUGAAGGUCAUGCCAGAAACUUUGAAGCAUAUGAACUACCAGCAAUGUUAGAUAAGAAAGCUGACAAAACAGAGCUUCAAACAUUAAAGACUGAAAUACUUCAAACCAUAUAUCCUGUUGGUUCUAUUUAUACGUCAAUGAAUUCAACAAAUCCAGCAACAGUUUUAGGUUUUGGUACGUGGCAGCAGAUUGUAGAUAAAUUUUUAUACUGUGCUAACUCUUCAAAGCAAACAGGAGGUUCGAAGAAAAUUAAAGAAGCAAACUUACUCCCACACACUCAUACAGGAACUACAAACUUUUCUGGCGACCAUAGCCACUCAUUAAGAGACCACCCAUUAUACAACUCAGAGUAUGAAGCUGGCAAUGACGUUUUAUCUCCAUCUUAUAACAAUGCAGCAAAAAAGAUUUUUCGACCAACUGAACCAGGAGGAAAUCAUGUCCAUACUUUCACAACAAAUCCAACAGGCUCGGGUAAAGAUUAUAUGCCACCAUUUGUGACUUUAUUUGCUUGGUACCGCAUUCAAUGA